AUGAUGGCAGAAGAGCUGAAGAAGGAGCAGAACACCAGCACCCAACUGGAGAGGAUGAAGAAGAACCUGGAACAGACAGUGAAGAACAUACAGCACUGUCUGGAUGAGACUGAGCAGUUGGCUUUGAAGGGAGGCAAGAAACAAUUCUUGAAGAUGGAGGCCAGGAUCCGAGAGCUAGAAACUGAGCUGGAAGAAGAACAUAAACAAUCUGCAGAGGCUAUGAAAAACAUCCGGAAAUAUGAAUGGUGUGUCGAAGAGCUUACUUUCCAGAAUGAAGAACACAGGAAGAGCAUGGUGAGAUUGCAAGAUCUGAUAGAUAAACUGCAGAUGAAAAUCAAAUCCUACAAAAGACAAGCUGAGGAAGCUGGUGAACAAGCCAAUACUAAUUUGUCCAAAUUCAGAAAAGCACAGCAUAAGCUAGAAGAAACUGAGGAAAGGGCAGAUAUUGCUGAGAGUCAAGUAAACAAGCUCAGAGCUAAAACCUGA